AUGAUGGCCAUGACAUUGCUGGCCCUUCUGGGCACGGCGCUCAUCGCAGAAGCCUCCGUGGCUUUUCCCGCCAACUUGCAGGUUGGGGACAUCAACGAGAAGGUGAACCUGACGUGCGACGCCCCGGCGGGGCAGCGGGUGAGCUGGGAAGUGGAGGAUGGGGCCCUGGUGGAGAUGGAGGAACUGCCGCCCUGGGGGCACCUUCUGCGCGUCGGCCCGCUGGACCUCGCCUCCGCCCGCAACUACACCUGCCGGGGAGCUGCAGGACAGGUGCUGCACAGAACAUUUCUGGCUGUGCGUGACCCGGACUUCCCCCUCUUCCUCCGAAAAGCUGGAAAGGCAGAAGCUGAGGUGACCUGCGAGGCGCCGUCGUACAGGGGCACCUUCAGCUGCUGGUGGAAGACUCAGCACCCAGCCGCCUUCCGUGCCCGCCUGCGCCGCAAGGUUGGAACAGCCCCUCCCAAGGCUCCUUUCUGGCUUUUCUGUCUCCGCAGAGGACCGGGCUCUGCGCGCUGCCCCGCAAGAGAAGUGUCUGCUUCUCCGGGCGAGGUGCGCCUCCUGCUGGAGGACUGCUCCCCCUGCCCUUUCGGGGAGAAGACGGAGCUGGAGCUGGCGCUGGAGGGGCUGGGCGAAGACGGCAGCUACAAGGCUCUCCGGAGGGACGUCGCCAUCCAGGACAUCGUGAAGCCAGACCCGCCAGAGAAGCUGACCAUCCACAAGGAGUCGGGGGCCAAGCUGAAGCUCAGCUGGGCUCCCCCCUCCUCCUGGCACUGUGCCUCCGCCUACUUCCCUCUGCGCUACCGCCUGAAACUGGAACAUUACGAUGGCACCCAGAAGGAAGUCAGCAGCGACCAGCUGGAGGAAACCAUCAAAGAUGCGGAGGCUGUGCAUCGUGUGAAGAUUCGCUGCCAGGAUCCUUUCACCAAUUCAAUGUGGAGCCUGUGGUCACCCUGGGUCACCCUCCACUGAGGGCAUCUGGGGGGAUGCUCCUGCAGCCUCUCUUGGGGGACCCGGCCAGAGGCCUCUCCACAGCAGCCGCCUUGCAAGCCUCUCCAGUGAGCUUCAUCUUCCUCCUCCUCCUCCUCCUCUGCUUCUGCACCUCUCCUUUCAGCUGGGGGGCUACUGGUGGGGCAGAAUGUAUCCUUGUCUCCAUCUUGAUGCCUGAGAGGUGUGUUUUCAGGAGCCUGUUCCUGGGGCUGCAAUCUGUUUCAACUGUUUUUAAUUCUGAAUCUUAAAUCCAGUCAUUCAUUUAUAAAUACAGUGGUACCUCGGAUUAAGUACUUAAUUCGUUCCGGUGGUCCGUUCUUAACCUGAAACUGUUCUUAACCUGAAGCACCACUUUAGCUAAUGGGCCUCCUGCUGCUGCCAUGCCGCCGGAGCACGAUUUCUGUUCUCAUCCUGAAGCAAAGUUCUUAACCCGAGGUACUAUUUCUGGGUUAGAGGAGUCUGUAACCUGAAGCGUAUGUAACCUGAAGUGUAUGUAACCCAAGGUACCACUGUAAAAAUGUUUUAUCUCCUGCUGUGCAGUACAGAAAAAUACUAAAACUGUUUACAGCAAUAAAAAUGCAAAACCUUAACCGUUUUGGAAGCGUGUGCUCUUAAUUGCCUGGGGAGGCUGGUGGAAUAGAAACUGCUGCAGCACCCCCUGGAGCCUCCUGACAAAGCAGAGGUAAUAAAUUUACCCCAUCCCAGGCCAGUGGGGGGGGGGGGAAUCAGUCCCAAUGUCAAGAAUAAAGAGCUGGUCUUCUUUCGUGGCUUCCAAUAGAUAAGCACCUCCUUCCGCCAGAUAAACCUGGACCCAUUAAGUGUGGGAUAUAGGAAUUCUGGAACUCUGAACUCACUACUGGAGGGUGAUAAGAGGAAUAACAAAGAAAUAUGGGCUUGACUCCGUAUGGUCUUGGUCUAUAUCACUUAUUAACAGCGGUACAAAAAUCUCCCUCCCACCUCUGUCCCAGCAGCCACUAUGGAGAAAUUAUCUUAAUGAUUUAGAUGGAAGUAAACUCUGUGGAUGGGAGCUUAAUCAAUACAGUGGUACCUCGGGUUACAUAUGCUUCAGGUUACAGACUCCGCUAACCCAGAAAUAUUACCUUGGGUUAAUAACUUUGCUUCAGGAUGAGAACAGAAAUCGUGCUCCGGCGGCACAGUGGCAGCAGAGGGAGGCCCCAUUACCUAAAGUGGUGCUUCAGGUUAAGAACAGUUUCAGGAUAAGAACGGACCUCUGGAACAAAUUAAGUACUUAACCUGAGGUACCACUGUAAUGUAAAAGACUUUCCAAAUCUGUUUUGAUGCCAUGUGCAUGACUGCGUACAAGACUUAUCAUCUGUACAUGCAUUUUUUUCCUGAAAGACAGCACUUUAUGCUUGCAAUUGUUUUUGAAAUUCUCAAUAAAGUUCAUG